GCAGAAGAAAAUGCACACACGAAUUCAGCAACGAGGACGUGACAUCAUCUUCGUGCGACGAGCUAGCAGCGCCUCUGAGCUGGAAACUUGUGCUCGCCGUGUGAAGCUGAAGGUUUCCCCAGUCACUUUCCAUGGCAACGGAGAGUGCAGAAAAGACGGGUGAGGAUGCUCCAGCGCCUGGGACAGGAGGCACCAGGUUCGACCUGGAGAAGGAGACAGAGCUGCGGUUCGAGGUGGAGGCGGGGGAACGAGUCCAGCUGGAGCUCCUCACGGGGAUGGCCGAGGUGUUCGGCUCUGAGCUCAACCGGAACAAGAAGUACACGUUUGGACCGGGAUCCAAAAUAGCAGUGUUCACCUGGCAGGGGUGCAGCGUGUCUCUGUAUGGGAAGACUGAGGUGGCAUAUGUGUCCAAGGACACUCCCAUGCUGCUGUACCUGAACACACACGCUGCCCUGGAGCAGAUGAGACGGCAGGCCGAGAGAGACAAUGAGAGAGGGCCGAGGGUCAUGGUGGUGGGGCCCACUGAUGUGGGGAAGUCCACAGUGUGCCGGCUGCUGCUGAGCUACGCUGUGCGGCUGGGCAGGAGGCCCACGCUGGUGGAACUGGACGUCGGACAGAGCGGGGUGUCUGUGCCAGGGACGGUGUCAGCGCUCUGCGUGGAGCGUCCAGCAGACGUGGAGGAGGGUUUCUCGGUCCAGGCUCCUCUGGUCUUCCACUUCGGCUCCACCACCCCAGGGACCAACAUCAAAUUGUACAACAAGCUGACGUCCUGUCUAGCGGAGGUGUUUUCCCAGCGCUGUGAGGUGAACAGGAAGGCCAGCGUGGGAGGCUGCAUCAUCAACACCUGUGGCUGGGUGAAGGGCUCCGGGUACCAGGCGCUGGUCCACUGCGCCUCCGCCUUCGAGGUGGACGUGGUGCUGGUGCUGGACCAGGAGAGGCUCUACAACGAACUUAAGCGAGACCUCCCGCACUUUGUACGGGUCGUCCUCCUGCCCAAAUCCGGCGGGGUUGUGGAGCGCUCCAAGGAGUGCCGGCGGGAGGCUCGGGACGAGAAGAUCCGCGAGUACUUCUACGGCUUCCGCGGAGUGACCUUCUACCCCCACGCCUUCGACGUUCGGUUCUCGGACGUCCGCAUCUAUAAGAUCGGGGCGCCGUCCAUCCCGGACUCGUGCCUGCCGCUGGGCAUGUCUCAGGACGACACGCAGCUCAAGCUGGUGCCCGUCACGCCGGGGCGGGACCUCACCCACCACGUGCUGAGCGUGAGCUGCGCCGACGAGGGCGAGGAGGGGAGCAGGAGGAGCGUGGUGGAGAGCCCGGUGUGUGGCUUCAUCGUGGUGACUGCUGUGGACACGCAGGCGCAGGUGAUGACUGUGCUGUCGCCGGCGCCCCGACCGCUGCCCAGACACACGCUGCUCAUCAUGGACAUCCGCUUCAUCGACCUGAAGUGAGGGAGCACUUCGGAUGUGGGGCGAGGGCCGGGGAGUAAGCAGGGAUAAUGGGAGUUCAGCUGAAACGCAUUGAAUGGACAUGUUUUUUGUUUGAGGGCUUUGCAGCUCACUCUGUGGAAGACACUCAGUAAGGACUGCAGAGAGUAAAACUAAGCACUGCUGCUGAGUAACGUAUUGACAAAGGCUCAAGUAUGGAAUUUGAUACGAGACUGUUGUAAAUUUCAUUCAGACUCUAUUUUAUAGCCCACACUGUGCAGACGUUUGGUUGAUGUAUGACAACAAAUGCUUUGUUAGUACUGUAAUUUUUUCAUGAGACGUUUUUCUAAAACCUGUUUUUGACCCAAUCAAUAAAUUUUUAAAAAAUGUCA